AUGUACAAUACAAUUAAGAGGAAGAUAAUUGUGCAGGCAGCGGCCAUUCGAAAUGUGGGCAGAGAGAGGUGCAGCUCAUUGCUAGCUGAUAAGGGCCAUUUUGUUGUCUACACGGCUGAUCAAAGACGGUUCAUGAUUCCCUUAUUGUGCCUCAACACUGAGAUAUUCAGAGAGCUCUUAAAACUGUCUGAAGAGGAGUUUGGGCUGCCAAGAGAUAGGCCUUUGACAUUGUCCUGUGAUGCAAUCAUCUUGGAGUACAUUGUCACAAUAAUCCAACGACAACAAGUGCAGAUCUGGGGUUAUCAAGUGCCUGAUCCACAACAAGCUUGUCGAAAGCUCAAUGGUUCAAAUAGGAGUGUCAGAAUCGAUAAUUCCAAGAUGCAUGAGAGCAAGAAGAGCUAA